UCCUUCUAUUACCAGAUUGCCCUUUCACCUUUGUGAAACUGCCGUUCGUUAACGGUAUAUAUAUAUAUAAAAAGUUUCUAUUCCUUUCUAACCAUUCCUCACUGUCAUCUUCUCCACGCCAGAUUUUGCAUCUAAAAAAUGGCUGACAUUGCAGGUGGGUAACUCUCCUCCCUUAAUUAUCUGAUCCCAUCUUUAUACAUAAAAAAAUAAACACGUGUGCGCCUUUGUUGAUAUAGAUUCCUAUUAAUUAAAUUAAAUUUAAUUUAUAUACAUUAUAUGGUAUUGAUUGAUUCGCCAGUGGAGGAGUUCUUGGCUGUGGCAGUUGAUGCAGCUAAGCAAGCCGGCGAGAUUAUACGAAAUGGUUUCCACCAGAAAAAGCAUAUUGAACACAAAGGCUCGGUGGAUUUGGUCACGGAGACCGACAAGGCAUGUGAAACCCUCAUAUUCAAUCAUCUUAAGCAUCACUUCCCAACCCAUAAGUUCAUUGGAGAAGAAACAACGGCAGCUUAUGGAGCUUCUGAGCUGACAGAUGAACCUACAUGGAUAGUUGAUCCUGUUGAUGGAACCACUAACUUUGUCCAUGGGUUUCCUUUUGUGUGUGUCUCAAUUGGUCUCACAAUUGGGAAAAAACCAACUGUUGGCGUUGUCUACAACCCAAUCAUGAACGAGCUUUUCACUGGCAUCCAUGGGAAAGGUGCUUUUCUGAAUGGUAGCCCUAUCAAAGUAUCUUCUCAGGAUGAACUUGUGAAGGCGCUCCUUGUGACAGAGGCUGGAACAAAGCGUGACAAGUUAAAUGUGGAUGCUUGUACUAGCAGAAUCAACAACUUACUUUUCAAGGUGAGGUCCCUGCGAAUGACAGGUUCUCUUGCACUGAAUCUAUGCAGCAUUGCCUGUGGGAGGAUUGACCUUUGCUAUGAGGCUGGAUUUGGAGGCCCAUGGGAUGUGGCGGCUGGUGCUGUUAUUGUUGAAGAAGCCGGUGGCGUUCUGUUUGAUCCAUCAGGAAAAGAUUUUGAUAUCACAUCUCAACGAGUAGCUGCGUCGAAUUCUCUGCUAAAGGAUGUUUUUAUUGAAGCCUUAAAACAGUCUGAAUGAGAUUAUUCUCAACUCAAAAAGGUGAAAUCACCCUCUCCCCAGGUGUCCCUAUUCCCAACUCGACAAAGUGAAUGAGAUUAUUCUCUACACUACAAACUGGAUAAAACGCACAAACUCAAAUGUGACCAAUAAUUAUUGUAUUAUUAUUCCCUUGUUGAGUAUAUAUGACUUCAAAGUUGUGCCUUGGAAUUGGAUGCCUUGAUGUAAUAACGUUAGUGAAGAAGAAAGGUUUGAUUUGGAUAAAAUAUGUGAACUUUAU